UUGAUUUCUCAUAGAGCAUGGAGAUUUUUGGAUGUAUUACAGGAGGAAGUAGUGCCUCCACAAUCAGACUAGUACUGUUGGACUGUUAGCUUUCUGGACUGGGGCGUGAGCAGGACCGCUGCACUUCUAUAUCUAGUAUGUAUUGUAUAGGAAACGGGAACUGAUACUGCGUCCGACAUAACAGUGGGCUUUCAAGCCACAAAGCGCCUAGUAUAGUUACAGCGCCAGGAUCCAUAAAAACACAAUUGACUUAUGUGUGGACGUGUAGCGGUGAGCGCGCGGCGCUGAAGUCGGAUGCAACCUUUGAGUAGGAAACGCAAACUUGAACCCGCCCCACCUUCCAGCCAUCACCAUGACAUUUUCGGAUCCCAUCCCGUCGCACACAAGACAUGAACACAACAAAGUGUGCACGACCUUGUGGUCGGCGAACCAACAUUUGGGGGAGAAUCGUAAGCCUGAUUUUAGUUGGAUGCGAAGGUUUCAACAGUGGCAUCGAGGCCAGGCUGCCCUUGCUGGCGGGUGUAUGCAAAGGCAGACACCGAACGGCCUGUGGAAAGCCUGCUGGAGCUUCCGACCUCGCGAAGCCCCCCCCUUCCGGCAAUGCGCGCGGAGCAGCUCUAAGGCACCGAGUUCAUGUCAAAGACUAUCUUAUCGUUUGUAUUUUCUGGCGUAUUUGUUGUCCUUGUGUAUCGGUACGUUGUAUUCUUUUCUUUCGUUUGCUGGACGCUUCGGCCUCUGUGCCAUCUUCGCACCUACCGUUGUACAGUUCCUUGCGCCUGCUGCACACAUCAGCCUGUCCUUUUGGCAUCCGCCGUAUUCCUUUUUUUAUCCCGGUCUUAUUUUCUGUCUUUCGUCCUUUCUGACUUUUGUUUUUCGUUAAUAGUGUUGGAAUACAAGUCAUGCUAGCCCCACUAUUCCGACACCGCCUCCCCGAUGCGACCAUGCGUCAGUCGUUCUGUAGCAUAGCCCCGAUGUAGUAGAAAUACACAUUUAGCUAGGCUUAAUAAAGAGUAUC